GCUCGUAUGCAUUUAUGUCAUCAAUGGAGGCUGGCGAUGGCGUGACUAGCACCGAAUUUAAGCUUCUCGUGGGGUAUUACAUGCCAACCAUUCGUUGAUUUUGGGAAGCUAGUCUCGUGGUCACUCAUGUUCAAAAAGCAACUUUAUUUAGUAUUUGUUGUGUGAAUUCUGUUCUCUCAAGCUUCAUUUUUCCACCGUUCUCAGGAGUUGUCACUAUGGCCUCUUUGAAACCUGGCAGUAUCGAAGACGGCAAGUCUAUAUCUUCCGACAAUGCUGCUCCCAGCAAGACAGCUUCUGUAGUAGCCGCUAGCUGUAAUUCGGUAGAGAUUACAGACAUUCUUAGCGGGCAGGCUGUUGAUCCUGUCAUAACAAAGAAGCUCAACCUCUUGAAUAAUGCAAUUGACGAAAUCGGUUGGACACCCUACCACACACGGCUCUUUCUACUUGCUGGUUUCGGUUAUGCCGUCGAUUCCAUGAUUAUUCUGAUUAAAAGCGCUACAUUGCCCGCGAUCACAAAAGAAUUCAAUCCGCCUUAUUCCAAGGGCAUUCUAGUCGCCAAUAAUAUCGGCUUAAUUGUUGGUGCCCUUGUUUGGGGUCCAUUGGCUGACAUUGUCGGCCGCAAAUGGUCCUUUAACUUGUCUCUGCUCAUUUGCUCCAUUGCAGGCUUAGCUGCCGGUGCCGCCCCGAACUACAUUGUACUAUGUUUCUUUGCAUCACUGGUUGCUUUUGGCGCCGGAGGCAACCUAGCGCUGGACACCAUUGUUCUGCUCGAGCAUUUGCCCUCAAACAAGCAAUACACCCUGACACUAUUAGCCGGUUUUUGGGGUCUCGGUCAGACUUUCACCGGCUUGAUGGCCUGGGCAUUCUUACCGCGAUACUCUUGCGAAUCAAUUGCGACUUGUACGAGGGCAAACAAUAUGGGAUGGCGCUACGUGUUUUGGACCUGCUGCUCCAUCGUAUUUGCCAUGAGCAUUUUGCGACUUACUGUCAUUCGUCUACAUGAAACCCCAAAGUACAGACUCGCUCAAGGGCGAGACGCCGAAGCCGUCGAGACUAUGCAGAAGCUCGCCAAAAUCUACAACCGCCCUUGUUCAAUCACACUGGAAUCCGUUCAGGCGUGCGGCGAAACAAACCUGCGAGAAACCCACGCCAAGAGCUACUAUUCUGUCGCCGAGAUCUUGGUCCACGUGCGCGGCCUCUUCCGAACCCGAGAUCUCACCAUUUCGACUCUCCUAAUCUGGCUUUCAUGGGCCGUCAUUGGCCUAGCAUACCCCCUGUUCAACGUCUUCCUUCCCACGUAUCUUGCAAGCCGUGGCGCACAGUUCAAUCAACUCUCAACGGAUGUCACUUGGCGAAACUACGCAAUCGUCAAUGUCUGCUCCAUCUUCGGCCCUCUGGUAGCUGGUCUGAUGGCAUCGACCUUCCUGGGACGAAAGUAUACCAUGGUCAUCGGUGCAUUGGCGACAAUGGCCUUUUCUUGGGCAUACAGCACCGUCAAGAGUAAUGAGGGCAAUGUUGCGUUUGCAUGCAUGAUUACUUUUACCACCAACGUGUACUAUGGAACUCUCUAUGCGUAUACCCCCGAAGUCCUUCCCACCGCGCAUCGCUCCACAGGAAAUGGUAUUGCUGUCGGCUUCAACAGAAUCAUGGGAUUGGUAUCAACCAUUAUUGGCUCAUUUGUGAAUCUCAACACCCCGGUGCCAAUCUACAUUUGCGCGUCGCUGUACAUAGUUAGUGCCAUCGCUGCAGCUCUCAUGCCAUUCGAGCCCCGCGGUUCUCGAAGCUCAUAGUUGUCUCAACCCGAUUCAUAAUGCUGUAUAUAUUUAAUACAAUCAAUAUCCUGAUAUUUUAUCUACCUGAUUUGAUAAUUCUUCUCCAUUGCUCAACCUGACCAAAUUGUGCUUGAGAACUUCAAACACACGUCGAGCAUAUACUUCGCUAUCGCCACUUACGUGUGGUGUGAUAAUAACAUUCUUGGUGCUCCAGAGCCUGUGGCCAUCUGGUAAAGGCUCUGGGUCGGUUACAUCCAGAGCUGCACCGCAUAUGAGGUCCGCCUCCACUGCUUCAAUAAGAGCAUCGGUAUCAAUUACCUCUCCUCGAGCGACAUUCGAUAUAAACGUUCGCUUCGCGGAUAAAAGCCUGAGUUCUUCUCGGCCGAUGAUGCCUUGCGUCUU